AUGGAUUUACACGGCAUGGCUCCUCAUUCUGAAUCGGGAAAGCUGGAACAGGUGGUCUCACAGUUCCUUUUGAAGAGCUUGCACAUUAUACUGGACUCUCGGAUCCCAUCUCUUCAUCCCCGUGACCCGACAUGUGAUUCACGGGUCAGGAAGAGUGACAAAUGGUUCAAUCUGGUACUUGGGGAUCGCCCAGCUGCACUGGAUAACUUGAACUUCUGGCAUAGGAAUUUGAUGGAUCCAAUGAUCAUUGACAUUAUACUUGUUCAGCAAGGGACAGCAAUUUCUACAUCUGUGGGCAAUUUGCUUUCUGGUUCACCUGGACGGACAGCUACAGAAACGGUCAUAGAGAGGUGGCUCGUCCAGUUUGAGUCACCCCCCAGGGGUACUGCUUCUCAACCCAGUGAGGGUUCUGCUGCCUCUUACAAGAAGACAUAUAAGAAGUCAAUCAUAUUCUUACGUUCCCUAUACUUGCAAACGAGGCUUCUUCCAGCAUACCGAAUCUUUAAACAGCUUAGCUCAUCUAGCCAACCUUUUAACUUCGAUAUCAUUUACAAGGUUUCAUCUUUCUCCGAACCAUUCUCUAGGGUGGAGGAGGAAAUGAUGAAGGAAUAUCGGUUUGUUCCUAUUGAAGCCCUUCCUGGCAGGCUACAUGUAUCAGUGACUUACCGCCCACAACUUUCUGAGUUUAACCUUCAGCCUUUGACCACCAUGCCUCCCAAAAUCAUAUCCGAUUAUGUUGGUAGCCCUGCAACCGACCCUCUUAGAUACUUUCCCUCUUCAUACAAAGGAGAUCGUGCCAUAUCUUUCCCAUCUAAAGUAAUGCACAGCCCUACUUCUGUACCUUUUCAACGGCCGCAUAGCUGGACAAGUGGUUUCCAUAAACCGGUUGUCAACCAUCAUCUUGCAGGGUCACCAACAGUGUACCGCACAUCCCAAAUGUCAUAUGAUUCACCAUCCCCACCAAUGGAAAGGAUGCAAAACCAUAGACGACCAUUGCAUCAAAGGGCUCCCUUCUAUGAUGAAUGCCAGCUUUCUCCUCCCUUUUCACCAUCUGUCUCCCCUUCUACUCCAACUUACUUAAGAAACAGUGAAAGUCCUAGGCAAACUCGUGCUAUUUCUGAAACUGCACCUGUGACUAUUCCAUCCCCGAUAUCAGGCAGAAGUUCUAGAUACAUCUCUCCCAACUUUUCUGAUCCGAGUAAACUUUCCCUUCCUCCUUUAUCUCCUAGAAGCACACGGCUUGAUAAUUCAUCAAAUGAAUCGCCAUCUGGGAUGAGGUUAAUUAAGAAACCAGAAGCUUCAAGGGCCGAUUUGGGCUCUGCUGGUCAGAAGGUGCUCAAAGAUAACAAAGAUGAUUCAGGACGGUUUUCUGGACUAUUAUCUUCCAGCGACUCUCCACGUGUUGGAUUUUCUAGGAGUUCUAGUAAAUUGUCCUUCCAAGAUGAUAUAGAUGAUUGUGACUUUUCAUGUCCUUUUGAUGUAGAUGAUGUUGACCCACCAGACUCCCGAAUCAGUCAGAACGUUGACUGGAAGAGAAACUUGGAAUCAACGUCGAUGGGUAGGAAAUCACAAGAUGCAGCAGUUGGUGUCCUUGUUCACAUGUUGAGGACUGCACCUCCACUGCGCCAAGAUUCCAGCUGUUACUCGUCCCGUUCCUUGAGAGCUGAAGUAGAGAAUGAUGGGGUUGCUACUACAGCUUCUGGGUUCUUUAUGCCUCGAAGAACGUCUGAUGCCUUAGAAGAGCUGAGGAGUUACAGGGAGAUGAAGGACCUGUUACUGUCUAAGAGUGGAACUCGGGUGCUAACCAGAGAACCACCAUGA